AAGCGGUGGAUGCGAGUGCAUCAAAAGAAGUACUUGGAGGCCUUGGCUGCAAACUUUGGGAAGAGUGAAGGUCAUGUGGCUACUCCUCUUACCUCAGGGUUCAAGUGUGUGAAAGGACCAGCGGAGGAAAGUGUUGGUGAAGAGGAGAGGCGCCGUUUUCACUCCUUGGUGGGCAGCCUCAUGUAUGCGGCCAUUCACACAAGGCCGGAUGCAGCCUUUUCUACCGGGCAGCUGGCUAGGGUUGUCCAAUGCCCUAAUGAGGAGCAGGUAGCAGCUGGAGAGAGGGUGGCCAAGUACCUUGGCCAAACAGCAACUGUUGGACUGCAAUACUCCGCGGCGGCACAAAGACGUCAAAAGGGUGCGGAUGGAGUCGAACCCGGGAGGCUCUUUCUCACCGCCUUCUCUGAUGCAUCUUGGGCAUCAGAACCAGAGGACAUGACAAGUGUGGGAGGUUUCAUCUGCUGUGUUGGUGGAGGGCCAACAGCUUGGGAGAGCAAGAAGCAAGUGGACCAAGCAUUGAGCUCGGGUGCUAUUGCAUUGGCUAAGAACCCGGUUCUUCAUGGCCUUACCAAGCACAUGAAGGUGAAGUGGCAUUGGGUGAGGAGCAUGGUAACCGCGGCUGAAGUGGAGUUGCACUACGUGAAGACGACGGCGCAGCCUGCUGAUAUGAUGACCAAGAGGCUGGUUGAGCAGCAGCAUUGGAAUGCUUGUGUGUGUGUUUGAAUGGUGUAUCACAAUGUGGUUUGUGUCGGUCAAGACAUUAGCGAGUUUUUACAACUGGCAUGUCAAGUCGUCGUUUGCGUGUCGCAUGUGUUAUUUCUAUUUUGUCGAGUGUGAAGUGUCCAUCGUGUCGCAGGUGUGUGCAGCAAGCCCCCAUCAACUCAAGAAGAAUUUAUCUUGCAGAACCAAGACCAAGAGCUCAAGAUUUCAAGCCCAAGGGACGCGGAUAAAUAUUAAAUAGUGAAAAUAGUAACGUUACUUCGUGUAGUGUUACAUUUCACUUGGUGUAGCCCCUUGGAGGGUUGGUUUCGAGACUCUUCAUGGUUGGGGACUCUGUGGUGGUGUACCACCAACCUGGAACUCGGCUCUUGGGGUAUGUAGAGGCUGGGAACCAUCUCCCUCUCGAACUCUUCUUGCUAAGUUUGUAGUCCUAAGACUAUAGUG